GUGUUUCGCUUUCAGAUGCUGCAAAGCCUCGUUAAGAAUGUCUGGGUGCCCAUGAAGCCCUACUACACCCAGGUGUACCAGGAGAUCUGGGUAGGGAUGGGCCUCAUGGGCUUGAUCAUUUACAAGAUCCGCCGUGCCGAUAAAAGAAGUAAAGCUUUGAAAGCUUCGAGCCCUGCGCCUGCCCACGGCCACCACUGA